GCGCAUACAGGCAGGCAGGGGCUCACUGCUCUCAAUCACAAUUACUGAAUUGAAGCGCAUUUUGUGUGCGGAGCUUCAGGAGUAAAAACAAGCAGCCAGAAUGGGAGUCGAGGUCGAAACCAUUACUCCUGGAGACGGAAGUACCUUCCCUAAAAAAGGACAGACGUGUAUCGUGCACUAUGUGGGUUCUCUGACAGAUGGACACAAGUUUGACUCUUCCCGGGACCGGGGCAAGCCUUUCAAAUUCAAGAUUGGCAAACAGGAAGUGAUCCGUGGAUGGGAUGAGGGAGUAGCCCAGAUGAGCGUGGGGCAGCGUGCCAAGCUGACUUGCACUCCAGACUUUGCUUACGGGAGCAAGGGGCACCCAGGCAUCAUUCCUGGCAAUGCCACCCUCAUAUUUGACGUUGAGCUGCUUGGUUUGGAGUAAAGCCCCCACAGUUGGACUCAGGUUAUUCCCUAUUCAUUCUUUCAGGGUCGACCUUUUUAAGGAACAUGGCAAACAACAUGCACGUGAUCCUCAAAAGGGGCUAGUGCUAUUAGCGAUGCCACUUAGCUUAGCUCUGUUCUACAUUUGUAUAUUUUGUUGUCUUUUUAUUUCUUUCCUGUUUGACAUCAUCUUUACUGGUAUGCUCUCAAUCAUUGGAUAUUCACUAUGAAACAAGCUCUCUUUGUUUCCUUCUGUUUUUUACAUUUGAUUUCUGUGUGUAAACACGAUCACAGCAACAGGGUUUUGCUGAGCUGGUAAAAGUACUCUGGUGGGGAAAUCUGGUUAAAUAUAAAACAAUAAACUACUUGAAAAUAAAUUGUUUAUAAAACAAAA